CCAUCCUCAGACUACUGUGCUGGGUAUUCUCUAUGGUAGUGUUCAGCUGUAUAGUGAAUGAAGGCUACAUGAACAUCGGCAGCGAGCGGUUGCUAUGCGUCUUCAAUAAGAACGCCGAUGCCUGUAACUACGGCGUUACCGUGGGCGUGGUCUGUUUCCUAGGCAGCGUCUGCUUCCUGGUUCUAGACAUCUACUUCCCCACCAUCCACAGUGUCCGACUCAGGAGGAGAGCAACUCUCAUCGACAUGGUCUUCUCUGCCCUGGCCAGCUUCCUGUGGUUCGUGGGUUUCUGUUUCCUGGCCAAUCAGUGGCAGCAGACGACAGAAGAAGAGCUCCCAUUGGCUCAGGGCUCCGACGCCGCCAGGGCUGCUGUUGCCUUCUGCUUCUUCUCCAUCCUCACCUGGGCUGGCCUGACGGCGCUUGCUCUCCAGACAUUCAUCAACCUGUUCCAAAACUUCAGCCUCUUCACCGAUCAGCUCGACGACAGCGCCGGUUACCACGACAACGCCCGCAGCACGCCCGUCGCCAACGGAGUCACUAUAGUAACCACCAACCCCUACCAGCAGGCCCCUCCCUUCAGCGAAACUCUGAGUCUGGACCCUUCUGCCCUCACACCUGCUCCUGUCUUCUAGAGGAGAGAGACAGAGAGAGUAGAGAGAAGAGAAAGAUAGAGAGAGGAGAGCUGGAGAGAGAGAUGGAGAGAGUAGAGAGGAGAGAAAGAUGGAGAGAG